UCCCCCCAGAUCGCCGCAAAAUGAUUCGUAUAAUUGUUGAUGAAAUUAGGAAACAUGAAAAGAAUCCAAGCAAAGCACAGUGCCUUGCUGUAGCUCUCAAAAUUGUCAAAAAGUAUCCAAAGAGCUUUUCUGAUUUUGAUGAUACUCAAGAAAAAAAUGAAAUUGGGUACUACUCCCUCUUGAAACAAAUAAAAACCCGUGUAGAACACGUCAAUAGAGAUAAUACUUUAUCACGCAGGCGACGGAUCAGUGGAGUAACUGACACACCUGAGAGAAUGCAAUGCAGAGAACCAACAGCCACAUACGGAUGCACACAAUGGCAGCCUGAGCCUCCGCUUGCAAAUUCUGAUGAUGUACUUGAGGAAAAAAGACAAACUUUAGAGAAUUUGUACCAGCGAUAUGGAAAAAGUGGAGCUGACAGGAGUGAUGUUUGUGCCUUAAUGAAGGAAACUUAUUAUUUGCAAAGAAAGCACAUCAAUGACACACAAGUACUUCCUAUCAAAGACCUCAAAAGCAAAUGGCCAUACCUGUUUGUGCAAAAGCACAUAUAUGCACAUUUUGAGGAGCUUACCAGUAUCGCCAUACACAAAAGGCUCAACCAAGCCAUACAGGAGUAUGGUAAAGUCCUCGUUGACUUCUUUAAGAGCAAACCCACAAAUGAAGUUGUCAAGAAAAUCUUGUCCAGCGAAGAAGAAGUUGGACCCCUUGUGAUCAAACUCAUCCUGGCACAUUUCCGAGAGGAUCUGGAUGGUCUUCUGCUUCUUGCGAAUCGGUGCGCCACAGCAGCUGACCUUCAAGCGACACACACCAUACCUGGGAGCCCACGACUAAUUGUGCUUGGAGACACUUUGACGAGUGGACACUGGAUGCUGACUAUUGAAGGCGAGGUUGUGUGUGAGGGCAUUCAGCCCAGCUUCAUGUCUGGCCUUGCCACUCUGUUCGCAUCGUACUAUAUAUUCAAUCUUGAGUACCAGGAGGAGGCAGCAUGUACCUUGGAGUUCAUUCAAAGACGCUUUGUUGGUAUUAAUCCGGAGAGAGGAACAAAGAAGUCGAAUGGAAAAGUGCCAUCUAAAACGACCGGGCAAAUGGUACAGAAGAAACAGGUUGCAGUGAACCCACAUGUUGCCACUCUUCUUUGCAAAGUGAUGGAUUUUCAGUGGAAUUUCUGAAAUCCACUCUUUGCAUCCUGUGGUGUUCUCCUUUUUUGGAUCAGAAGUUUGUUGGACUUGGGGCCUUGUUGUUUGUGGUGCCAUGGUCUGUUCAUGAAGUGAUGAAGAGUCAUCGGAAUCUUUGUGGUUUUUAUAAUUAUUUUUAUUAUGACCAUGUUGGUCAACUUGUGGUUAUAAAGUAACAGUUUGCAUAUUUCUUCUUUUUGUUGAGGGUAUAUGAUUGCUAAUUAUAUGUUUCAAGUAAUUUAAAAACAUUUGAAGGGUUAGUUGAAAAUACUGUCAUUACUCACCCUCAUGUCGUUCCACAUCCGUAAGACCUUCGUUCAUCUACAGAACACAAAUGAAGAUUUUGAUGAAAUCUGAGCGCUUUCAGUCCCUCCAUUGGAUGCAACGCAACUUGCACAUUCUAGUUCAACGACCUUGAAACCGGUCGAUCCACAUAAAAAUAUUACCUCUGAGAGGGAAAUGCCCUUUGUCCUAAACAAUCAAGUGGAUCCUGAGCAGGUGAUUUACCUCACAGUCACUGACACGGAUAUAUUUAAUAUGAAGCUGAACAUGAAACAAAACUGUAUUCUCUAUCUGCAACUUAUAGUUUAUAUAUUUUAGGUUACAUUUUAAUCUCAGAUUGAAAUGUUCUAACACAGAAAUAUUGGCAUCACCUCAGUAUUUUAAUUAAGGAAAAUGAAUUAUAUGAGUCUUCUUGUAAUGCAUUUAUGACUGAUCCAUGAUUUUAUGCAAUUUCUGAUGAAUAUGAA